UGCUCAAAAAAUGGCUAGUAAAAUGGCCUAUAAAAGCAACCUCCUUUGGCGCUGAAUUGGCUUUUCGGUUCUUCUUCGAUCCUUUCAAAAAUAGAUGAUGACCCUUCGGUUGAAAUCGGAACCCAUCUCGGAAGAAGAAGAAGAAGGAGAACCCACGCCCUCAUCUCGCUCUGGUGAGGAACCCGCGAAGAAAUCGACGAGGGUCGAUCUUGGGAAUGGGAGCGAAGUCGUGUACAUGCCUCGCUUCCUCUCGAGCGACGAGUCCUGGCGAUUUUACAACUACCUCAACAGUCGCAUUCCUUGGACGAGACCUACGAUCCGGGUCUUUGGUCGCUCUUGUUUACAGCACAGAGACACAUGUUAUGUUGCGAAUGCCGGUCUGACGGACUUGGUGUACAGUGGAUAUCAACCACAUGCCUACUCGUGGGACGAUUAUCCUCUGCUCAAGGAAAUCUUGGAGGCAGUUCACAAUGUGCUUCCUGGGAGUAAAUUCAAUUCUCUUCUAUUAAAUAGAUACAAAGGUGGCAGUGACUAUGUAGGUUGGCAUUCUGAUGACGAGAAACUAUACGGAUCUGCUCCAGAAAUAGCCUCUGUUUCCUUUGGAUGUGAACGUGAGUUUUUCCUCAAGAAGAAACCCAGUAAAACCUCCCAAGCAAGAAGACCGGAUGAUGGACCGGUGAGAAAGCGAUCAAGGAUAGGCAGUGAUGCUGCUCAACAUACAUUUGUCCUGAAGCAUGGCUCCUUGCUAGUGAUGAGAGGCUACACUCAACGGGAUUGGAUCCACUCUGUACCAAAGCGUGCCAAAGCGGAGGGGGUCCGGAUCAAUCUGACCUUCAGGCGCAUUGUCUCAUAGUUGAUGUAAUUGCACAAACAAAGAAACAGGAGGAGACCAGCAUUGUUUUUCUUGUACCCAUCUACCAGUCUGUAUUGUGGAGAUGCUACUUGUAGUUUGCUCUCUUUUGUAACAGAUUGGAUUGCACUAAUCCUCUGUUUAAGUACUUAUGUUUCUUAGUAAGCGUCAAGAAGCU